AUGUCUAACAAACAGCAUCGUGUGCCAGAUUUUUACUGUUCCUAUUUACUAAGAUCAAUUCCGAAACCAAACUCAUUUUACAUUGGGUCCUCUCCUGACCCGGUGCGACGUCUGCGGCAACAUAAUGGUGCAGUACGUCGAGGUGGUGCCUAUAGAACUAAGAGAAACGGAACAAGGCCAUGGAAAAUGGUAUGUUUUAUAUAUGGAUUCACUAGUAAGAUUGCUGCUCUACAGUUUGAGCAUGCUUGGCAACAUAGUUAUAAGACGAGAUUUAUCGAGAACAACGAGAGAUUAGUGACAAAAAAAAAUACCAGAAAUGGUAUUGCUACUAAGUUGGGUAAUGCCAGGCUUUUAAUGAAGCAUCCAUACUUUGAUAAGAUGAAUUUACAUAUCAGAUUUUUUGAUAGAUUAGCCUGGGAAAGUUGGGAGUUGAACAAAUUCAAAGUUGACUACGGAUUGUCACUGUGCGAAGUCGAUGAGGCUGUUCUCACAGAUGAGUCACAGUUGGAUGAGUUGGACGAGUUGAAUUUAGAAAGGAUCAAAGCCUUUUAUGAGGAUCAAAUGGCCCAAGAAUCUUCACUUUUGCAGAGAUAUCAGGAUAACUUAACUUACGACCAAAAGAGUUGUAUGAUAUGUGACAAGAAAAUUGACUAUAUACACGAUGAAGGUACACAGAUGGUAGGAUUCUGUUCGGAUGAUGAAUGUGAUUUUCUUUCAUGCCUAAGCUGCCUGUAUAAAGAGUUUACUAAAAACUCAAAACAAAUAAUACCGAAGUCUGGACACUGUCCUAACUGUCAUAAAUGUUUGGAAUGGUCCCAAAUUGUAAAAUACUCCACUGUUCUUCGAGAAAAGCUAAUAAAAGACUGA